AUCAAAUACGAAAACAGCAACAACCUGCUCAGACUUGAAAACCAUACGAACAACAUUUAGUGGAACCAAUGUUUUAAUCCUAUUGAUGUGACUUGAAAGACGUGAAUAAGCAAGAACCAUGAAACAUCAACAAAUAUGACAAGAAUGGACCAUUAACAUUUCAAUAUAAAGAGUUAGACCUUCCAGCAUUAAACAAAAACAACAACCAAAAACAAAAACUUUUUUGAUUUCAUGAAAAGCCAGCACAGGAAUUAUUAUAGAUUAGUGGUUAUUGACUAUGUCACACUUUAACUUUGAAAACGAGCUUAACAGUGUAUUGAGAAUGGAUGCACCAAUAUCUAAAGGGCCAACGAUGCGUUGGCAGAAGCGGAUGGACACUCACCCAGAUGGUAACAUUUCUGUGAACAGUUCUCUAAAUGCCAGUACCAGUACGACAACAGCCACAAGUAAAACUCCUAUGAAGAAUUUAAAUAGAUCUGUCAAUAACCCUAAUCCCAAAACGCCGUCAGCAGGGUCUGGAGGCAAGACACCGAAAUCUGGAGGCAAAACGAAAACUCCAGGAAAAGCUCCAAAGACACCCAGUGGUGGAGACCGCUUUAUUCCAAGUCGGAGUUCCUCGCAGUAUGACUUGGGUCACUUUAAGAUUAUGAACAGUAAUGUUAACACUGAUGAUGCAGAACUAUUAAGUCCUUCCCAGAAGGAAUACCAAAAAGUUAUGAGUGAAAACCUCAACGGCACAGACGUGGAAGCAGGAAAAGUUUUAUCCUACCAAACCAAGGCUCCUACAGCACCCGCUGGGUUCCAGAACCAUCUGCGCGUCGUGUACAGUAAAACCCCGGCCAGCACAGCCAAGAAGACAACACGCAAUAUACCUCAAGUCCCUGAGCGCAUCCUUGAUGCACCUGACAUCCUGGAUGAUUAUUACCUAAACCUGUUGGACUGGUCGGUCAACAAUCAUCUUGCUGUCUGUCUGGGUGGAAGUGUGUACCUGUGGAACGCUGCGUCUGGUGAUAUCAACCAACUCUGUCAGAUGGAGACAGCCGAUGAGUAUAUUGGGGCAGUGGCCUGGAUCAAGGAAGGGAAUUACCUGGCUGUAGGCACGAGUAACGGAGAAGUCCAGUUGUGGGACGUGGUGGCUACCAAGAGAUUGAGGAACAUGACGGGACAUUCUGCAAGAGUUGGAUCCCUGUCCUGGAACUCCUACAUCCUCAGCAGUGGGUCCAGAAGUGGUGCCAUACACCACCACGAUGUGCGGGUCCCAAACCAUCAUAUCGGUACAUUACAAGGCCACAACCAGGAAGUGUGUGGCCUGAAGUGGGCCCCGGACGGGAAGUUUCUGGCCAGUGGCGGUAACGACAAUCUCCUCAACAUCUGGGGAGCACAGGCAGGAGGUUUUAUCACAGAGAAUCAGCCCCUCUACACAUUCUCACAGCAUCAAGCUGCAGUUAAGGCAUUAGCCUGGUGUCCUUGGCAGUCUGGCUUAUUGGCCAGUGGCGGUGGCACUGCUGACCGACACAUCCGGUUCUGGAAUUGUAACACGGGAGCUUGUCUACAGAGUAUAGACACCAAAUCUCAGGUGUGUGCUCUGCAGUGGUCGAAAGAUUACAAAGAAUUGAUUUCAAGUCAUGGAUUUGCUCUCAACCAACUCACCAUUUGGAAGUAUCCAGUCAUGUCAAAGGUGGCAGAAUUAACCGGUCACACGGCUAGAGUGUUACAUAUGGCCAUGUCUCCUGAUGGCUCCACAGUCGUGUCAGCCGGAGCAGACGAAACACUCCGACUCUGGAAAUGUUUCCAAGUGGACGAACAGAAGAAGAAAGUGCAGGCCUCAUCAACAAAGGAUGCAAAGAGCAAACUUUCAAUGACAUCCAUCAGAUGAUUCUUUGUUAAACAAAACAUGCUAUUGUGUUCUUACCUUUCACCCCCGAAAUUAGGGAAAUGGACCAUACCGUUGUUGUUUUGGAUACUGCCUAAGAGAUAUUUGAGGGGUGGAAGGACCAGUAUUCUCAUUUUGCCAACCUGUGUUUGGCAAAUUUGAUGGUAUAUUGGAAUAUGCCACUAUGGUGCUGCCAAAGUGUUUGGCGACAUUCUCACUCUAAAACUAUCCUUUCUCAUGUUGUGUGGAAGUAUGUGCCUGAAAAAAUUCUUUAUGUUUACAAUGAUAUUUGUUACCAAUGUUCAACUGCUAAUAUCAUUAACCCAUACAAAUAAUAUACCUUAGAACUCAAAAAUCCUCUGUUGUGCAAAUAUUAAUUCUUGCAUUUGAUUAAUUCAUUUAUCAAUCAUGUUCUUUAGAUUUUGGUAUAAGAAGGUAACAUAAAUGUCAAUUUUCUAGAUAAUGGCUAUUCCAGCAAAAUAUUUACUCUUAUCAGAGGACUCUAGAAAAAAAA